AUGCCCUCAAAUGAUUACUUUACUAUCAUCGUACUUUCUAUCAUCGGAUGGACAAAAACACACAAUCGCGGUACCACGCGGUAUCACUCGAAAUCGACGACGGAAUCGAGUAGCGUUUCUGCAUCAGAAAUCAGGUUACCUAGCGAUAAGAACUCUGGUUUGGAAGCAGCUUCCAACGUAGAAAAACAUGAGACGCAUUUCGCGAGAGAAGGCUCAACUAGAUCACGAUCAAAAUUAAAGCAAUCGCAGACAUCUAAUGGUUUCACUGCCACGUCACGGACGAGCUCGCGACAUUUAAAUACUAGUGUCGAUAAUUCGCGAAACCGUUCAAAACCGCAUACCGUACAGACUCUUAAAGAUGAAACACCGCGAGAUGCAUACAACGACAACAAAAGGAACACACCAGAAUCACAUAAGCCAAAACGACCGACAGCUUCUCGAAGAACAUCUUCGGACGCGUCUCCCAUCUGGGUGGACAACGCCAAGUUGGACCGCGAGGUGUUCGCGAAAUCGCCCGACUAUUCGAGAUCGAAAACGGGAAGAAAGAUUUAUAACAAUCACGGAAAAGAAUUAAAGGAUCAAGUAACUCCGUCCGAAAAGUCUCCAGAUGAAAAUGUAAAGAAAAUCGAAAGUCCGAACGAAAGCGAAUCGGAAAAGGAGAAAGCACAAUUAGAAGAGUCUUCGAGAGUCCGAGAGAUCGCUACCUCAAAAAUGUCAAAGAAGAUAGAUACGAAGAGCACGAACACUUCUAGCAAUCUCAAAGAGGAGACAAAAGAACGGGAUGUCCUGCUGUCGGGUUCCGAGAGUGUAAGAGUGGACGUUCCUCUAACAGUUGGAAAUGAUGAAGAUACCAAUCUACUGACGUCCGUCAACGUGCCUGCAGGACAGAGCUCGAGGCCGGUGAAGGAGAAGGACAGCAACGAUAUCGCGAGAUCGAGCGCGAAGAAAAACAGGCACUCGGAUCGAUCCAGAUCGAAGUCUCGUAACAGAUCGAAAACGAGCGAUCCUAAUUUGGAGAUUUCCUCUCGCCGAGGUUCAUCCAAAUUCGGCGGUACCGCGCAGGCGGAGACGAGCGAACGAUCCUCCAAUUCCAGACAAAGAUCUAAAAAUGCCAAUUCGAGAGGUCGUUCCGCGCACAAAUCGAGAGACUCGACUACGGCGGAAGCGAGAAGCGGUAGAAGCAGAAACGCGGAUGCCGAUUCCGAGAGGAAAGCGAACAGACGGACGGAAACGCGACGUAAUGACAGACGAACGUCCGAGGGAAAGCAACGGUCUAAGGAUAGCAGAUUGAAAGCUGCGGAAACCAAGGUAGACGAACAAGAUAUUCGGGCACUAUCCAGAAGUCGGUCACGCACGACUGUCAGCAACCUCGACGCUACGACCGCUUACAUCCCGAAAGCGACAAUCGCUGAAAUUACGACUGUUCCUACUUUAGGUACAGAGAUUACGACAUUGAAUUCCGCAACGACCAGACCAUCGACGACAACCGCACGAACAUCUUCCACAACCGAGCGGGCUUCACGUGGCAAGGGAAGAGACAGAGGAGAAAGUUCUCGAUCGAAGAAACCCCCGAAAGAAGAUUUCUUUAAUCACGGAUUAGGUUUUCGCGGACGAAAAAGUACGACCGAAGGAUCCUCUUCUGCAGAUUUGAGGACCACUACAUCUAGAAGCGAAACGCAAUUACGCGGUAAUCCCGGAUGGACUCUCAGACGCCGGCCUAGUCACGUCAAUCAGGAUACGUCUUCGACUACAUCCGCGCCAGUUAAUCGAGAUCAGAUCAACGAGAUCGUAUUGCCCAAUGAUCCACCGAAAACCACCGAAACACCAUUAAGUAACGCAAAAGCCGGUAGAAGAGGCACUAAAAGGCCGAAAGCGAAAGAUGAAGGCAACACCGUAUCGGGCUUCACGGCGAAGAGCGUAACGCGCGGCAACAAAACCUUCAAUAAAUCCGAAAGUCCUGAUCUACCCAAGAGAGUAGAGGCAGAAAGCGACAAUUAUCCACCUGCAUUCCGAGCUAGACUGUCUCAAUUGAAAAAUUCUAACUUGAAACCUACUGGAGGAAAGAAUACGACUAGAAACAACUUGCAGGAACAUCCGAAGGAACGUACAUUCCAACGACAUAUACGAUCCAGCACGAAAACGAUGCAUGUAUCCGAAAAAAACAAAACUGUGGAAAAUACGUUUGCAAGAGACUUGCACGUCGUCCCUCUCACGAACCCCCUAACUUCGGUACUCGACCCAGAUACGCGGCAAGCCACGAAACCAAGCUUGGCGAGUCUGUUCUCCGAAAGAUCUAAGAUGAAACUGGACUUAGCUAGAAGACUAAUCAAACCCGAAUUGAAUGUUGACGAGAACGAUGUAACCACGCCCUCCUAUUCCAAUAAAUCAAAAGCAAAAGAGGUUUCGACUGUCAGCGAGAGCAGGAACGUAGAGAUAACGACAAAAGCAACCAGCAAGCUCAUCGGCGCUCGUGCCGCGCACGAAAGUGCGCAGAAAGAAAAAUCGAUCGUGAGGGGCAGAUGGAAGAUCUUGGAGACCAGAAAAUCUCCGAAAGAUCGCAAUGUCGAGGCACCGCUUAGAUUGCCCACACCCAAGAAGAACCGAGUGACUUCCGAAAGAGCAGUCAAUCCUUCGUCCGUGGAAGAAACCUCGACGAAAAGCGUUACCGAGAUUAAUGCUAUACCACGUCUAAUUACGGUUUCAUAUCGUGGUGCCGCUUCCGUAGAAGAAACGGCGGCCACGACUAUUGAUACGACAAAAAUCCGAUCUCCGAUAUUACAAAGCCCCGCGACGUCACGGGAGGAGACGUCAACGUUGUCGAACAUAGUGGAAGCUAUAGAAGAAAACAGCAUUGUCACAACCGUCGAGUCGUUAAAAUUGGACAAAUCCAACAUUGAAACGACUUCUGCGACAUCGGGCACCACAGACGCGUCGAAGGAUUCUAUGAAGGUUCACCCCACGGAAUUUCCUCAAGAGGUGACGCUACCACCGACCGUCACCACGUCCGAUAGCACACAUUCAUCAUCAGCCACAACAAAAUCCACAAUGAAAUCAGAAAAAGUGUACCCCGUUUAUAUUCCCGGCUCGUCGGAUGAAAAAGAGAAUACGACAAUCGACCCGAACGACAUCAGCAAGAGCAGCGUUCGGCCCCGUUACAUGAAGCAGCAGCAAUCGGACCAAACCAUAGAAACCGUGGCGGUUUCUAUGGUGACGUCGAGGACCGUCGGGCCCACCAGCAGAUACAUCCGGAAGAAGUCGGGCGUCUUCACGCCGUACGACGCCGUUCCCAAGACAUCCACUACGGAGACGGCGUCCACGCAGACGAAGCGACGGGAAUUCCGUCCGCGAACGUCGACUUAUAGGAGGCACUCCGAGGUACCAACCAGCCAGCUGGUCCAGCAACCGACAAUUGGACAAACGACCUCCGGCGUCACCGUCACCCCGAAGCCGACUAACUAUAACGUUCAAAUUGUCACGCCUAGCGCUCAAUCCUUGCCCUCCGGUCCGUUGGUCAGAGUGAGGGUCGAUAUCACAAACAACACCACCCCGUCCGGUGUCACCGGAAGUAGCAACGGUAGCAGCGGCAAUUCCAACAUUUUCAAUCCCACCAAGAGCACAUUCCUCACCGCGAAUACCACCACACUGUUGGAGCAACUACGAAGUACCGUGGCACCGCUCUUGAACGACUUGGGUAACAGGACCCCCAUUUUCUCCGGAGCCUACUCCAACGUGAAUACCGUGAAUUCAGCCCCCAGAAUAACACCAAACGGUUCGCCGCCGAGAUUCAGCGCGAGAUACAAAGGAGCGGAAUUGUUUGUAAGAAAACCAUCUGUUGGUCAACCAUCUGUGAUACCAUCAAUCACAACAUCGUCGACUACGGCCUCAACACCGAUAGAGAAUUCCGGUUCGGCACCACCCGUUGACAUCAACAGCCCCGGCGAGCCCAGAUUCGUCACUUUUUAUCAGGCAUUAGAGUCGGCUAGCAUAAGAAACGAGAAUCUGGGCGCGGACGACGUGUCUCAGCGGCAAAAACUAACUGGCGUGGUAACGAAGGUAGACUCUAACGCUACUGUAUCUAACGGCGCCAGUAACGAUAUUGCUAACAACAAUGACACCAACGCAUCAAUCACCGCGACUACAUCCUCCCCAGAUACUACCACCGUAGACAUUACCACCACCGCUCAGUCGGCAGACAAUUCGCUCGCUUCGACAUUAGGUACGGAGAGUAGUCCCGAAACGACCCGUAACCCGGAAACCAUCACGACCACAAUACAAACCCCCGCAAGUUCGGACACGAGCGGGGGAGAAACGACUCCAGCCCCCACCUCGGAAUCGCCCGGGACUACCGUCUCCGCUAACACAAUAACAAGUACACCGCCGUCCGAUGUUCCGAGCACUACGGAAUCUCUCACUACGACCGAAAUCACCACGAGCCAAGCAUCGACGAGCGUCGCCAAUGUUAAGGCUUUGGACGCGUCCUCCACGGAAUCGAUCCCCGACGAUGUUCGAUCCACCGAAUCGGUGGACAACACGAGCACCGAGACCACGGAAGUAACCGUCACCGAAAUGGUGAUGAACGCGAACGUGUCCAUGCCCGCCUCUCGGAAUCUACAAACGGCGAGUGACAUACCGGACGCAACGAUACCUUCCUCGAUUACUGAGAGCGUCAUUGUAACGCACAUACCAGCGGAAGUGACGACUAUGCCCGCGACUAAUGAUACAACGGAGAGUAUCGAGACGAGUACCGUGCAGUUCGAGGAAACGACACCCCCCACAACGGAAGUGAGCAACAUGGUCGAGAACGAUGUAGAUACGAAUACGGUACAAUCCGACGUAACGAUUCCGUCCCAAACGACGGAAACUACGAGCACCGCCGAACCGACCACGACGGAAGAAAUGUCAAACGACAUAAUUGAAAUUCGUGCGACGGUAUCGCCCGUCUACACGACUACAUAUCGCACGCGACUGAUUGAUUACGCACAGGAUAUUCUAUCGCGUUUACAAAACCGCUUACAAAUCUCCACGCUCAGGACAACGGUCCGAGAACCCACCGUUAUAAGUGUCCCUUCCGAGCUGUCCAACGUGAUACCGGAUUCGUCGUCGACGAAUACGGGGAGCACGAUACAACCGGAAGAGACGACUACUGUGCAGGAAACAACGAUAUCGCCAGACGUAGAAUUGGUGCAGACCACGACAAACGGACCGGAAGUGACCACUCAAAAUACAGUAGGUUUGGACACUGCGCCCCGGAUCGCACAGAAUCAGUCUAACGGCCAAGAGGCAAACGCACGGGAUACGCUGGAUUCGAGUACAACAACGAGACAGACGUUAUCGAGUAACGCGAGCUUAGAUCCUGAAUCGACGACGACGACGACUCAGAAUACGCGAGCUCCAUCGACGGACGGAGAAGUUGCGACCACCACACCGACGCCAAUCUCGCGACUUGUCGAAUCCGUUACGGAGAACGACCCCCGGUCGUCUAAUGAUACAUUACUAGCUGAGCUAAUGACUAUCGCGAAGACUCUCUUCACGGAAGCGAUGAACGACACGCGGCAGUCGGGUCAGACUGAAGCCACUGAAGUAGGAAACGAUAAUAAAAACCGCGUGUCCCCGAACAACUUGUCAGAGGCUACCACUGUAUUUUCUGAACUUUUGAGACCUUUAGAAAAUAAUACCGAACGUAUAGACAUCACUACGUUCGGUGAUGAUUUGUCCGGAAACGAAAGAGAAGGGAAUUCUGAUCGCGACCCUGUUGUAGGAUCGAAAGUUUCGUUAAUGGAAUCUAACGCGCGACCCGCCAAUGUUGAAAAUCCAGUUGAUGUAGGUGAUAUUACUACAAUGUCCCUUUCGCAGAUAAAAACCGAAACACCAAACACCGUUACGGUUACGGCUAGCAUGAGUUCUGAACUAAUUACUAAUACGCCUGACUCACAAUUAUCUAAUCCAAUUGAAGCAUCUAAUAAUAAUACCGAACAGCAAACUGUUGUUACUGUUCCAAACGACAAUGCCGAAUUGUCGAAUACUAAUAAUCCCCUAAUGAGUUCUGUUACUGCAAAUACAGAAGGACAGCUGUCUGAUAUAAAUGAGUCCACAACCUCGGACAUGGAAACAGUAAUGGAAUUAACCAGUAGGAUAGCUAUUACGGAAACAAACGUUGUACAAACGGAUGCCGUAGAUACCACUAAUCAGACAUCGGAACCCACCACAACGGUGCCUGCAUCUGACAUGCAGGUCACAAAUGAUCAUUCCCUUGUAACAAACGCAUCGGAUAUCGCUACGACACUUCCAACGGUAUCCGAUGAUAACGCAAUCAACACGAGCGACACUCAGCCAUUUGGUACAGAACCUCCCAUUACGGAAUCAGUUCGUAACUUAAUAAGCUCCAUCGACACCACCACUAAUCGAUUCAACGACAUAACAACAAACACCCCUCAUACGCUAACCGAUCUCGUAAGCGAGAUGCCAAAUCUUAUUGCCCGUUUCCAGGAUACAACGGCAACAACAACAACAAUCGCCCAAGGGACGGCUGAUUCAAGAAUCAUCCAACCUGAGCAAACGACAGAAAUCAUCACCACCACCACCAUCACCACCACCAUUCCCACAACAUUUUCAACCGCACCAACAACCGAUUCCACCACAUCCCCCUCCACUGACAUGACAACCAUUCCGCCUUCAUCAACCGAAUCGACGACAGCGACCACGACGACGGAAACCACGACAAUGACAUCGACCACGACCUCGACAAUGACCUCCCUCCCAACGACAUCAACAGAAACAGCGACGCGAUCCAAUUCCACUACUACCGUCAUGUCUGAAACGACCGCUACGACUAUCGACAUAAAUGAGAACCUUAUCUCCACCGAGACAUCAACUGAUGCUUCGACGCAAGGCACAACAGUCACCACAAACGAAACGGAAGAUCUGAGAAUGAACGGUGGAGAAGAAACGACGACAACCACAACCACAACGAGUGCCGCACCAUCCACGACCACGCCGACGACCACGACCACUAUGUCGACCGCGCGGACUACUAUACUCAAUCGAGUACCGCCAUCUCCGGCGUUCACGCCUUUCGGCCCUUUGAACACCGAGCCCUAUUUGGGACGUUUCGGCGGCAGCCAGAUGACGCCGAUCCCGCGACCUAGCUCUUCCAAGGCACCCGUCCGCGACUACUUGAUUUAUGGGAUUUACCCCAACAAGACCAUCGUACGGAAGCGGCCGGAGGACAAUCUGAUCGAUGCCAGAAAUGUGGACAGCCCCUACGUGAUAUUUGGCAUCUAUCCGGACGGCAGAUUAGUCCGGAAGUUCCCCAACGGGACGAUAAUACCGGAUUCGCCCAGGAACCCGGUCGAGGUUGUGUUUACGCUUAGAACUACCACUACUACUAACCGACCAGCACCCAGGCCGUAUUACUAUAACCAGGCUAACCAAGCAGGCGUUUAUAACAACCAGUACCAAGCCCCGGUGUACUCUAGUAACAAAAGACCCGUGGACGUGCUGACGGGAGGUCUCCAGAGCCCCAGCCCUCUCGAUUUUGGAUUUAUCGGUAAUGCGAUCGGCAUUGCCCCUGGAGGUGUCCUCAAUUUCGCGGGACCACUUGGUUUCCCCGCUACCGUCCCGAGCACAAACAAAAUGAGCAAUAUUUUAUUAAAUACCCAAAUGGGUAGUGUACCGAAUGCAGCAUCGCCGAACAGUAACUUGCAGAAUAAUGGUCAAGUACAAGGUCCAAUCGGUCCUUCUAUCGUUCAAGAUCGCGAAAGAAAUGAAGCUUCUCGAUCAAGAGUGACAUCUGAUCAACGCAGCUCUGUAUAUAUUGGACAGGAUAAAUUUAUUAAUUAUCAGAUUGACGGUGUACCUAAUAUCAAUCCACAAGUUGUUGAUGUAAGAAUAAAUUCAGUGGCUACAUCUGUGAACGAAGGUACAGCGUCAUCGUCUACGCCGUCGUUUGAAAAUUUGCUAAAUAAUCAAUCGGGUGGUGAUGUGAUAACAGCACCUCCUGGUUUCCCUUGGAGAGAUCCCCUCGAUCAAAUAUUCGGUAUCACCACUAAUUCACCUGUACAAACAGCAUCUGUAGCAUCAAAUAUAUUAGAUGAGCCAACCGAAAGCAACGCGCCGAUUAUGUCUCGCCCCGUAAAUCCUUUGGUGGAGGUUUUCACGCCGGUCACGAGCGGUGCACCCCCAACAUCCUCAACUACAAGUACCGCCGCAACCACUCCUACCACUACUACCGCCGCAACCACUCCUACCACUACUACCGCCGCUACCACUCCUUCUACUACUAGUACUACUACUAGUACUACUACUACAGUAGCACCGACAACCGCAGCAACGACCACUGCUGCUACCACCACUACUACCACCACCACGACAACCACUACAACAACUACUACCACUUCUACAACAACCACCCCCGCACCGACUACGACAGGUCAAACUACGACUUCAACGACAGCAAGUCCAGGAACAGUUCCAUCAUCUUCUACUACACCGGCAAUAUCUGCGGAUUUAUUAAAUGGAUUACAAGCGAACACGAGGGAGAACGCCUUUGGUACUACGUUCGAUGAUUUGGCUUUCCUAAAUUCAUUGUUACAGAAUAGUAACAACAUUGUCAAAUCUACCACACCAAAAACGCUAAGUGACGUAGAACAAAUAUUAGCAAAUAGAAUUUUGUCGCUUGCACUGGCUAAUCCUGGACCGACGCGAUCGCCAAAAGCGAUUCAGACUGCAAAUUCGAAUACAAAUGUAAACACGAUCAAAAAUCCGUCACCUAAGUUGUCUUCCGAGCCAAUAAUAAUCGAUUUAUUACCACUUUCGUCACCGCGAAGCAUUAGCAGUAGCACAAAGAGGUACAGUGAAGCAACCAGGACGAUACAAGCCAGUACCGCGCCAACAACUAGAGCACCAGUCGUUAUCACUGCUAAGCCUAAAACAACAGCGAGACCCAAGGCCACCACCCCUCGUGCGACUACAGGAUUCGGCGCGGGUCUAUGGAAAGCGUUGUUCGGCGGCAACUUCUUCGAAGCGACCACAGCGGCGAGUGUUGCGAGGAACACGAAAUCCGCGAUUAAGCCGACGACUCCAAAACCAAUUGGAAUUAGCCAGAAACCGGCACAGGUUACAAGUCACAUAAUGUCCGCGAUUAAACCGCAAACGACGCCUAGAAACGUAGAUAUCUCGGACAUCCAAGUAGCCUCGAGCACAUCUUUGUCGGAUAGUAUUAUUUCUGCAUCGACAUCAAGCUCGAUUUCAACUACGCUGUUAAAUAAUCCGAAUCCUAGAUUAAGCGACGUCCCUACGUCCACGUAUUCGCCCGAAGACGACGCGAAAUUCUUGGCUGCGCUUCUACGAGCCGUACAAACGGAUACGAAAUCGAGUACUUCUGCGCCAGCACGUGGACUAAGUGAGGACGAUGAAGCCUUUCUCAGAGCGAUUUUAAGUAAUCAACCUAACAUUUUUACUACAACCACAGCACCGUCAUCCACUGAAGUAAAUCCUGCCGCUUUAUUGGCUCUACUCCUAAAGCAGCAAGGCAUAGAACCAUCAACACCAGCAACGAAACUUAGGGAACAAUUACAAUUAGCCGUGAGUUCGACUAUCCAGCCAGAUGCGACUUCGAGUCAAACAACGACCACUAGACCAAUCAGCACGACGAGAAAAGCGACACCGAGACCAUCUGUAAGACCAAGACCAUCCCUACAGACUACAACUUGGUCUCCAAGUUCGACAUACCCCCCUCCUCUCUUCGGAGGAAGUGGAUCUUCCGAUAGCGGGCUGGCUACCGCUACCAGAGCUAUAGGCAGAUUCCUUGGUGCUGCCAUUUCGGGUGCAGCUCAACAGCUACAAUCUUUAUUAAGGAAUGGUACCAGAAGCUCUGCCGGCUAAUAUUAGAAUAAAGGAUUACAUACAUCAAUUUUUGCUCAACCUGAAAACAAAUGUCAGGAUUGAGAUUGUAAUCUAACUAAUAUUAUGCUUGCUAUUGUUGAAAAUACAAUGGCAACAUGACAGCAAUGCUAGAAAAUUCAAUCAAGACAAUAGCAGAAAAUAAACUUGCUCAAUUAUUAUGAACUCUUAUGGACGUUACUAUGGACGAAAAAAUUGCUCUCAAAAACACAUAUUUUUAAAAUUUUUUUGAUAAAAGAAAAAUUAUUACGGACGAUACUAUGGAUGAAGAAAACUCAAAAACAUAUUUUUCAUUUUUUUAAUAAAAGAGGACAUUUAUUAUUUUUCUCAAAAUAAACGAAUCAAAUCUAUAAAUAUCAAUUAAUGUAACUUUUAAUAACUUUUAAUAUUUUACUUCUAAAUUGACUGUUACAGUGUACAAAGACAUAUUCGGUGUCUUGAUUGAACAUUUCUUGCGGACUUCUAAUCUAAGAAACGAGAAUAUUUUAUUCGUCAUUGUUAAUUAUUACUUAAAUUUAAUAUUGACACAUUAAAAAUUGAAAAAGAUAACUUCACUUUUUGAUGAUGACUACGGUUAUUUAGAAUUUACAAUUAAAUAAAAAUUUUUAAUUUAAAGUAACUCGAUCUAACAUAAAGUAAAGAAUAUAAAAACUUUAUUUAUAACAAUUUAAAUGUAAAAAAUGCGACGUAUAGAUACAGCAGACGCAUACAAAAAAUAAGGACAUAUUGAAUAAUUUUUUUUUUAUAUCUUUUUAAAUAAUUUCACAAUGAGGUCUCCUCUGUUUAGUAAUAAUUGGCAACGACGGUUUCGAAUAUCGAAACUAUCCUAAAAACUUUGCAAACAUUUCCAAAGUAUGCUUAUCGAUUUUCCUCUGGGUGUACUUGUGGAGAUGUUUGUAACGAAUGUCAUAAUAAGAUAAUAUACUAGCGCAAAGCCCUUUUUUCAUAUCGUUAAUUAUGCUUUAUCGAUGUGUCUUGCCUCUACGCUUUUUCCCUUAUUUUCUUAUGUUCUUCUUUUGUACGGUGAAACGGUGAAGUGUGUGCUCAAUAGAUCGUUUAUAUUCGAACACUUUGCAUGCGGAUGAUUCUACGGAUACAAGAUGGAGUUUAGCAAAAGCUGCGUUAACUUUGUGACAGACAAUUUAAACUUUUAAAGUGUUUAACUGUAGGAAGUUAAAUUGUAGAAUACAUAGAACUGCACACAUAUCAUCUGUAUGCAAAGUUUUAAAUAAAAAAUAUAUAUGCUUCGAGUAAUACUUUUGCAAUUUCAGAAGAGAACUUUUAUUUCUUCAACAUCUCGCGUCCCGCAUUUGCGAUUAUUAAAAUAUCAUACGCAAAUUGUACAUUAUUAUUAAACUGUUUUUAGGUGUACUGAAGAUAGCGUAAUGUAAUAGUAUUUUUUUAAUAUAUGUGAAUGAUGUUAGAGAGCGAUUGAGAGAAAAAGAAGAGAAAGAUUGAGAUUUUGGGGCAAAAUUGAUUCUUUGAACCAAUCUAUAUGGGCAACCGAAAAAUUUAAAUAGCAUCAUAAAAAUAUUAAUCAUAAAUAUUGUAAAUAUUAAAAAUAUUAAUUAUAAAUUAUAAAUAUUUAAAAAAGGAAUCUCAUUUUCGAGAUAUAUUUUAUCUAGUUCAUGUUUGGAUAUGCUUUAGACUGUUUAUUCGCUCAAAAAGAGAAAGCUAUCUCGAAUAUUGGCCUCGUUCCCAUUCUGAGUUCGAUACAUGAUUUGUAAUUGAUAAGAUAUAUAGGCAAAACUUAAUGUUUCUUUUAUAUAGAAUUUCCACUAAAUAAUUAAUUAGAUGUUUCUAAUGUAAGUAGUUGUUUGAAAGUUUAUUUAAUAAAUUUUUAACUCUCGUUUCAUAAUCUUAUAAGUAAUUCUCAGUCGCUUAUAAUUACGUUUAUCUCAUAAAUUUCUUUCUUAAUAUAAUGGAACAAGAUUUGCAUAUACGUUAAAAUAAUACGGGACUAUUUUAUAAUUUUUCAACUAAUAGUCUCGUCAACGAAUUGAAUUAUUAACCAGCGUUUCCGUUAACGCUAUAUUCAUAUAUAUAUACUUAAAUGAUGAGCACAGUUCAAAAUUAAUUUAAAUUUUUAAUUUGAUCAUUUAUAACAUUAGUACUUUAUAUUGUAGAAUAUAACUUGAUGUUGCUCUGGUAUAUCGAGUAAAAAUUAGUUUUAUAUACAUAUUAAAAUUUGCGGUUUCAAAAUGUAAAUUUAUGCAGCAUGGAUCUAUGCAAGUAAAAAAAAAAAAUACAAACAAAAUAUUAGGAUUUCUGCGAAGAAAGGCAAAAUUGUUUUCGGAUUAAAAUAAAUAAGAUAAGCAAACAAUUUUCCAACAACAGAACGCAGCGGUGAGUAAUUAAAUGUGUGCUGCAUAUUAAAAAUGGUUGUGAAAAUAUUAAAAUAAAUACAUAUGUAGAAUUAUCUACUCAUCUACUAUAUAUAAUGAAUACAAUUUAUCAAUCGAAACAGUUUGUUAUAAAAUCUAUUUAAUUGGCUGCGUAAGUAAAAUGCCAUACACCGCGAUAUAGCUCCACUCAUAAUUUAUUUACUUAUGCUAUGUACCAGAAAUUCGUAAGAAAAUCAAAUAAUAUUUACGAGCAAUAAUUGUCUUUUUCUUUUCAUUUAAGCCGCAUAUAAUAUAUAUAUAAUUCAGUCUGUCUAUAUGUUAUGAUAUAGUUACACAUCCAGUGUAAAUCUGUACAUAUGUAUAAUCGGUUAGUCCUACAUUUUAUAUCGUAAUAAACAUAAGUUAUAUCUCUUUCUAAUAUUAGUUAACAUUACGGCGCCAAUUGUAUUACAGUAAAGUAUCUCGAUAUAUGUAGGUAAUGCCUUUCUCGCAGCUUCUGUAAUAUUUAUUCAAAAUACGCAUCGAAUGUCUUGUAAUUAUAAUGUACAUUUGCAUAUUAAACAACUUCUCAUAUUA